UCAGUUAGAAGCAGUUAUAAACAGUUAGUUAUAUUUCCUUCUUAGUUAGUUGAAGCUCUUCAUUCAUGCAAAUCAAAUCAAUCUCUCUCUCUCAGUUCACAUUCCAUAGUUUCAAAACUUAUUGUUCUUGUGGCACAAAAAUGGAAGAGGAUGAUAAGAAGGAGGAAGCAGCAAAGAUGAUCGGUACUUCUGCUACCGAUCAUCAAGAAGAAGAUGGUGACGAUAGACUGCCGCAAUUGCCAUUGGAUUCUUCAUUCUUGAAUCAACUUCACAUCAAAGAAGAACCUUCUGAAAUUGAAACUGAAACUUCUUCCAAGAAAAGAAAAUUGUUAGGUGGUGAUGCAGCAAUGAAUAAUUCUUCAAUAUUUCCAGUGCCAUUGCCAUUGGAUUCUUCUCCCAACCUAACACCAAUGAAGAGAAAAGAGGGACCUUCUUUAACAACUUCUUCAGAAACUCCAACCAAGAGGAGAAGAGGACGCCUUCCUGGUUCAAAGAAUAGAAAAGAAGGACCUUCUCUAACAACUUCAGAAGCAACUUCUGCAGAAACUCCAACGAAGAGAAGACCCGGCCGCCCUAUUGGUACCCGUGGUGGAAAACUCACCCCUCAUGUGAUUGAGUUGAAUGCUCGCCAGGAUGUGGUAGAGGUUCUAUACAACAUAUCUGUGGCAAAUCGUCGUAAAACUGUUAUCAUACUUUCUGCAUCCGGUUCUGUAUCAGACAUUGUGAAUCUUACUCCAGACGGUCCCAUCCACAUCAAGGGAGAAUUUGAGAUACAUUUAAUGUCGAUAAAAAGUCUCGUUGAUGGUGCUGGUCGUCACUGUCGUGAAAAGGCAACAUGUAUGGUUACAUGCAUAGAUGAUAAGGGAAAUCCGUUUGGAAAUGCUUCUGUCAAUUCUCUCAUAGUGGCCAGGCGUGUUAAAAUUACUGCGGCCUUAUUCAACACAAACACUGCUAAGAAAACAGGUGCAAGAAUUGCAGAGAUUGCUCGAAAUGAUGAAAAGAUUCCCAUAGCAGCCGUCCCUCUUCAAAUGAUUGGGGCCAACAUUGAUCCCAACAACUCCAUCAAAGAAGAAGCUUGUACGUCUGGUUUUUUGCCAACAACUCCAUCAGUGGCAUCAGCAACAACUAGUACUUCAAAUGAUCAGGACAUGAAAUCUCCUUCUGUAGGGGACACUUGAAAUUGUCAUGUAUAGAUUGUAUAUAGACUCAUAUAUAUGAAAUUAACAAUCCUCGUAUAUGUAUUAUAGGGGCACGGAUGUAAGUGCUGAUAACCUGCACCAAGGUUUUACUCAUGCGUUUGAAUCAACCUUUGCAGAGUAUGUGGCUCAUCCUGCACAUGUUGAGUUUGCAGAUGUGUUUCUUCCUAGCUUGGAAAAGGUUAUUAUAAUUGACUUUAAGCCCACCAUUGUUAACUUCUGAUUGGUUUGGUUAAAGUGAUGAAAGUCACACAAGUUCAUGGAUGAUGUCUUCUUGUUGUAUUGGAUCUGUGCUGUUUUAUGU